ACAAUUUACCUCGCCAUUUUUGUCGAGUAGCAAUCGUGUUGUUCAUAGGCGGAUUAGAUUUUUUUUUUUUAAAUCACAGGUAGGUAGAAGAACAGACCUGCAUACAUUUUAACCUGCGUUUUCAAUCACAUCGAAGUUUCUGUGAUUGUAACUGCGUGAUGUCGGAAAAUCUGUCAGAUACUCAGAUGGAAUUUGAGGACGAAAAACAGGAUUCUCAGGAAAAGAACUCCAAUCCUGUGAAGAGUGAAGAGGCCAAGUUGAAGGCAAAGUACCCCACCCUGGGGCAGAAGCCUGGAGGCUCUGACUUCCUUAUGAAAAGGCUACAGAAAGGGCAAAAGUACUUUGACUCCGGCGACUACAACAUGGCCAAGGCCAAGAUGAAGAAUAAACAGCUUCCUGUUGCUGGGCCCGACAAGAACCUCGUCACAGGGGACCACAUUCCCACACCACAGGACCUGCCCCAGAGGAAGUCCUCCUUGGUUACUAGCAAACUAGCAGGCUAGCCUAGCCUCCACCAACAAAGCAGGCCCCCAGCUAACGUUCUCACCUGUCCUCCCUUAUCAUCUUCAGGCUCCACUUAGCAUUAACAUAUUGGGGAGAGCUGUGAAAGUCAGUCUGUAUUGCUUAUGUGGGUAGGUUGGGGACGGGGAGGUUGGCUGGGACAUGUAUAUUUUUUGACCUUCUCUCCACACGGCUCUGCCUUCUGCGCACUCUGCUCUACCGCUACCCUUAUUUCUUGGUUUGGUGUUCAGAGAUACAUAGAUGUGCAUUGGGAAGCUGAGUUUAAUGCACUUUGUAUUAUGUGCAGUAUGUUUUGCAACCUGAGUGACACCCAAAUAUGCUGUGUAUGAUGAGGGAGUUAGGAUCCAUGACCGCUCCACAUUUUUCAAUGUUGUGUUCUCAUCAAACCGGGGGGGGGGGGGGGGGGGGGUAGAUGUUUGUGUAUUUUGCUUGCACAACAAAUCUGUGAGGAAAGGGAACAAUGGUGAAUUAUCUAAAGGAAAGUAGUGGUAAUACGUUGGGAAGUGUGUUAACUGAGUUGGGAUCUCCUUUCUCUCAUUGGUGUGUUGUGUUUUGUCAAACACAAAUCCACCUGACAGAAAGGAAUAGGAAAUUGUUAAUUUCAUGCUCACGUCACUCACUCUUAACUCCCUGUUGCUCUUUCAUUUCUAAAUAUGCUGCAUGAUUGUAACAUGUACAGGGCCCUAAAAUGACCUUUUGUUUUUUGAUGGAGCAUGUGGGCAACUAAGUUGAAUAUAUAGGUUCACACAAGAUGUAGGUGCACAGUCUAACGUAUUCAAGCUUUUACAGCUAUAGUCCUUAAAACAGGUGUGCCUAAAUAAAAAUGCCUGGUCGAAUGGCUAAUAUUUAGGUGCAUAUGUGAGUAAAAAAUGGGUGCACUGUCAAGCCUUGACAGACAAAAUGUGCUAAUCUGAAGGAGUUCGGUGACUGAAAUAAUAAGCAAUUCAACUGAGCCCUAGAAUAUCCCUUGUCACUUUCCACACCUACGUUGCAUCCUUCUCAAUGUCCUGAAAACCAACAUACUGUACCCUGCCUGUGGCGAACGCAACGGUCAAGCAAACCGAAUACACCUGUAGGAUUUUAAAGAUAGGAAAAAAGGCCAUUCUUUAAUAAUGUGCAAUCAUUUAGAAUUGGUGGGUAUUAGAUUGCAACAAGAAGCCUAAAUGUUUUAGUAGGAGCUUACAUUCAAUCUAAAGUAAUAUGGAAAAACUGCAUAUUUGGUAUGAUUUUACUUAUUAUUCAUAGUAUCACUCUUUUUAUAGGAGUUAUAGCUGAGAAUCGUUUCCAGAAAGAACAAAAUAUUUCCUAGUUUCCUCUUACAUUAGUUGUUACCUGUCAUUCAGCUGUUCUAUUACUUGCCCUCAGACUUCCCUUCAGAUUGCAUGUACAUUCUCUAUUGACAUUGUAAAUGUACAAAUCUGUGAUCUUACUCAUGAGGUGAACAGUGGUCCAUCUGAUAAACUGGCCCUGACUGGUCUCUGGUUCACACAGACCUGAACAGGGACACACUACGUGCUUUAGGGACAUUUCAUGACCUUAGUAGAGGGAGGCCAGGUGAGUGUAUUCACUGGGACCGGUUCUCAACUGUUAGUAUUAUUCUACUUCUAUGUUAUCUGUUCGAUAACAUUUAAAAGUUAGAAUUCAACUGGGAUUAAAAGUAAUGUGUUGUAGGCUGUUAUUAAUGACAAUUAGUCAUCCUCUCUCACUGUAUUUUAAUGAUUAAGGAGCUAUCACAAUUUGCCAUGCAAGUAAGUACACAUUUUGUCAUGGCCUAGGGUGGUCUAGCAGUCUUAAGCUGCUGGCCUCCAUUGCACAUGUACUGCUUUCAACAUGGGUCGGAUUCUGGCCUGGUGCUAUUUUAGCACACUCACUCUAUCCCACUGUUAAAGUUAAAUAUAUAUAUUUUUUAUUUUUUAAAUAACAAUCGCUCUCCCACCUUGUCAUUUUUUGAAUUUUAGACACUGACUUGACUGUCAAAUUGCAGAGAAGAUAAUUGACAUUUGAGUGUGCAAGUCUAAGAUGGCGUGUGUGAAUGUAUACUGAUUUGUUCCAGACAGUGUAUAUAGACUUUUAGGGGUGAUUAUAUUAUUUUUCUUUUGAUUUCAUUACCUGUACUUUUCUGGGCUUCGUUAUUUAAUCUUUUUAAUUUAAAGUUAUCCAUCCAGAUUUUGGUUAUUGAUAUUGAGUAAAUGCAAUAGAAAAUGAACAAGCGUCCCAAUUCAAGUCAAAGAUGUCCGUUUUAUUCAUUCUUUCUAUUGUUAUGCAUUUAAUCUUAACCAAUACCCAAAAUCCAGUUUGAUAACUUAAAGCGGGCUAUUCUGGUUUCUUUCUCUUGUCUGUGAAUAACUACUACUACUUUCUGUUUUUUUACUACAGAGACAAAGGAAUCUGGAUAAAAUGAAUGUGUAGUUACUGCUGAUUCAGCCAGACAAAUCUUAAUUCUAUACCCCCAAAACAGAAAUUCAACCACUCCUACCUUGAAUAAUGUGUCAGUUGUAGACUGGGCUAACCUCUCAAGAGUUGGGGAUAUUUUCCAUUUAGGUUGCUGGCAAUUCAGGUUAUCAAUUUAGAUUCUACCCAGGUAUUGACAUAGUCCCAUGUGGAUCAGUGCAAUCUAAGUUUGGAACUGGCGGUCUUGAGUUUAAAUGGAAUGGACCCCCCUUGUUACUUGAACAGAGUGUGGAAUUGUAAAUCAUUAGUUUGCUUUUCCAGGCAUAAUAUAAAUUGAUUUAUUAAAAUCAAGGUUGAUGAAACAACAGGACAUCGAUUAAUGUGCUACAUUUAUGUGCACUUUUGCUUUAUAUGGAGCAAAGCAAUGUUCUGAGGGAUAUGGCAGGGUGUGUUUAAAUACCAUGUCUCCUGUUCAGCCAUUAUAAGUAUGUGCCAGAAUGUAAACAAAUUAAAAUGAUGGUGUCUAAGGUACCUUUUGCUGCUUACCUUAACUGUUUUUUUUUUGUUUUUUUCCGCAUACAGUACAGAUGUUUUUCAUGUAUUCUCUUACUGCAUAACUACAAUAGUUUAUCCUGGCCCAAGAUAACGGCAGGGAUAUUGGGAGCUCCCUUGCUCCCAGUAGCUGGGGGGAGGGGCUACAUUAGGAUAUGCUGAUUGUGGUGACAAAACAGAAGAUUUGAAGAAUUAGAAAGUACAUGAGUAUAAUGUUUCAGUUCUGUUGGACUAGUGGAAAGGAUUUUUGUCAGUAUUUGAAAUAAACUUUUACAUAUGAA